AAUUUGUAGAAUAUACGGAAUAAGACAUAGUGACAUACAGCAACAGCAGCCGCAUUUCCUUCGUUCUGAGAAUCGAGCAGCAACGUUAACAGUGAGUGUGGUAUGUUCCACGCCCUCUCCCAAUGCCUGUCCUCCAGCACAGCCUCCCUGUCCCAGGCGCGGCAAGCCCACGCCCUCAUUCUCCGACUGAACCUCUUCUCCGACACCCAACUCACCACCAGCCUCCUCUCCUUCUACGCCAACGCUCUCUCCCUCUCCACCCCCCAACUCUCCCUCACCCUCUCCUCCCACCUCCCCCACCCCACCCUCUUCUCCUUCUCCUCCCUCAUCCACGCCUUCGCCCGCUCCCACCACUUCCCCCACGUCCUCACCACCUUCUCCCACCUCCACCCUCUCCGCCUCAUCCCCGACGCCUUCCUCCUCCCCUCCGCCAUCAAGUCCUGCGCCUCCCUCCGCGCCCUCGACCCUGGCCAACAGCUCCACGCCUUCGCCGCCGCAUCCGGCUUCCUCACUGAUUCCAUUGUGGCAUCCUCCUUGACCCACAUGUACCUCAAAUGCGACCGCAUUUUGGAUGCCCGGAAACUGUUUGAUAGAAUGCCUGAUAGGGAUGUGGUUGUCUGGAGUGCCAUGAUUGCCGGGUACUCGCGGCUCGGCCUCGUGGAAGAGGCCAAGGAGCUCUUUGGGGAGAUGAGGAGUGGUGGAGUGGAGCCCAAUUUGGUGUCGUGGAAUGGCAUGCUUGCCGGGUUUGGGAACAACGGGUUUUACGAUGAGGCCGUGGGGAUGUUUCGGGUGAUGUUGGUGCAAGGGUUUUGGCCUGACGGGAGUACUGUUUCGUGUGUGCUUCCUGCUGUGGGGUGCUUGGAGGAUGUGGUCGUGGGGGCUCAGGUUCAUGGUUAUGUCAUCAAGCAAGGGCUGGGGUCUGACAAGUUUGUGGUUAGUGCCAUGCUUGAUAUGUAUGGGAAAUGUGGCUGUGUGAAGGAGAUGAGCCGGGUGUUUGAUGAAGUGGAGGAAAUGGAAAUUGGGUCUUUGAAUGCUUUUCUUACUGGGUUGUCACGGAAUGGUAUGGUUGACACCGCGUUGGAGGUGUUUAACAAGUUUAAGGACCAAAAAAUGGAGUUGAAUGUUGUGACGUGGACGUCAAUAAUAGCUAGCUGCUCGCAGAACGGGAAGGAUUUGGAGGCUUUGGAGCUUUUUAGAGAUAUGCAGGCUUAUGGGGUGGAGCCUAAUGCUGUGACAAUCCCGAGCUUGAUUCCUGCUUGUGGGAAUAUCUCGGCAUUGAUGCACGGGAAGGAAAUCCAUUGCUUUUCUCUCAGAAGGGGGAUUUUUGAUGAUGUAUAUGUAGGUAGUGCGUUGAUAGACAUGUAUGCCAAGUGUGGGAGAAUUCAGUUGGCCCGACGUUGUUUUGAUAAGAUGUCGGCCCUGAAUUUGGUUUCUUGGAAUGCUGUUAUGAAAGGGUAUGCAAUGCAUGGGAAGGCUAAGGAAACAAUGGAAAUGUUUCAUAUGAUGCUGCAGAGUGGUCAGAAGCCUGAUUUGGUUACAUUUACAUGUGUUUUAUCAGCGUGCGCGCAAAACGGCCUGACUGAAGAAGGGUGGCGUUAUUAUAAUAGUAUGUCCGAAGAACAUGGCAUUGAGCCUAAAAUGGAACAUUAUGCUUGCUUGGUGACACUUCUCAGUCGUGUUGGAAAACUUGAAGAGGCUUACUCUAUCAUUAAGGAAAUGCCUUUUGAACCUGAUGCUUGUGUAUGGGGAGCCUUGCUAAGUUCUUGCAGAGUUCACAAUAAUUUGAGUUUAGGCGAGAUUGCUGCGGAGAAGCUUUUCUUCUUAGAACCAACCAACCCUGGGAACUAUAUUCUUCUGUCCAAUAUCUAUGCUUCAAAGGGCUUGUGGGAUGAAGAAAAUAGAAUACGCGAAGUGAUGAAAAGCAAGGGAUUGAGGAAAAACCCUGGGUAUAGUUGGAUUGAAGUUGGACACAAAGUACACAUGCUUCUUGCUGGUGACCAAUCACAUCCACAAAUGAAAGAUAUUUUGGAGAAGUUGGAUAAAUUGAAUAUGCAGAUGAAGAAGUCUGGUUACCUCCCUAAGACUAACUUUGUGUUGCAAGAUGUGGAGGAACAGGAUAAGGAGCAGAUAUUGUGUGGGCACAGUGAGAAGUUGGCAGUAGUAUUAGGACUACUCAACACAAGUCCAGGACAACCUCUUCAAGUGAUUAAGAACCUGAGAAUCUGUGAUGACUGCCAUGCUGUGAUUAAAGUAAUAAGCAGAUUGGAAGGAAGAGAAAUUUAUGUAAGAGACACAAAUCGUUUUCACCAUUUCAAAGACGGUGUUUGUUCUUGUGGAGAUUUUUGGUAAACUGAUCUUGGCUGUCUGGGGUAAGAGGAGAGUCAAUUCUCUGCCAUGGGUCCUUACAGUAGAUCAGAAAACAGAUAAUAAUCAAGAUUAUUUGCAUUGACAAGAAUUUUAUGCCAUGGGGUUAAACUUCUUGAGAGUGUAGAUAUGCGUGCUUCAUCUUUUGGUGGCUGGCAGCUAAAUAAUUCUCAGUGGCUCCAGUCGUUUUCAGCAUGGGAUUCUCCAAUUGGAGAAGCGUCCAUUGGCAAUUUCUAGAGAUAUUGUUCACUACUUCAUUUGUUGCUGAAUCUUUUCACUUGCUUGGCUGCAAUUGAUUUUUGGGCUUUGAUUAUCCUCAUUAUGGGGUUCAUCAGUAACGCAUUACUCUCAACUUGUUCAAGAUUCUGCGGAGAGCAGCAUACAUUUAAGAAGCAGACCAGCAUGUUAGCGGUUUGCCUGGUGUUUUUUUUAAGAACUAGCUAAAUGAGUCUUUUUUGGUUUGAUCAUCCAAUUUAGAAUUCGGUGACAUAUAUCUAAAGCUCGAAUUAGAUUUGGA